UUAGCACGCUUUAUCGUGGACUGUUGAAAUAUAGAAAUUCUACAGAAAAUGGCGGCGAAAGCUGUGGAAAAACUCGUCCGUGAACUUGUCUGUGCCGUUUGCAUGAACACUUUAAAGAACCCCAAAUCUCUCUCAUGCAGGCAUACUUUCUGCGAAGAAUGUUUAAAGCAGUGCGAUAAGGCAUCACAAGGCUGUUCAGGUGGUAUAAAAUGCCCUAUGUGCAGAGAGGUGACUUCUCUUCCGAGAGAAGGUGUGGCAGGUCUGAAGUCCAAUCCGCUGAUUUACCGGGUUCUCGAAGUUCUUGAGGCAAAGAAAAAUUCGACCCAAAUAAUGUGUGACGCGUGUGGGGACAGCGAAUCACCUCUGACGACCUACUGCCGAGACUGUCUCCAUUUCAUUUGUGACUCCUGUGCUUCUUCCCAUGCUAAAAUGAAACUCUUGAUGAAAGAUCACCGUACAGUUCCCCUGGACAAGAUUGAGAACGGGACUAUCAAAAUAAAGUGGAUGGAAGAGGGCUUGUGGAGAAAGGCGCACGAAUGCGAAGAGCAUGGCGGUGAGCUGCGGAGGUUCUACUGCAGAACCUGCAAGAAACGUAUCUGCAGGGACUGUAUCGUUCUCGACCAUACCAAACCUGACCAUGACUGCACCACAGUGCAGAAGAUGUUUCAGGAAACAAAGGAGAAGUUACAAGAUCGUUUGAAAAGCUGUGAGGAAAAGGAGGAACAUGUGAGCACAAUGUUAAAUGAUGUGGAUGUACGAGAAACAGGAGCAAACCAGAAGUUUCAUAAGAUGAAAGAAACUAUUCGGGACCAGAAAUUAACGGCUGUUAAAAAUUUGGAUAAAGCAGAGGAAGAACUUUUGCAGAAGGUUAACGUGCUGGAGGAAAAGCUUAACGUCAAACUACAAGCUUUCAGAGACAACAUGAACACAACAAAAGAAAAUCUCACGAGGGCGCAAUCAAAGGCUAAAGAGGUUGUUUCGGCAAAAGAGGUUACUGACAUAUCUAGAGGUCCCUUCUUACCUGAAGAUGUUCUCAAAGAACUCGAAGAAUUGAUCGCGUCAGAUGUCACUAUGACAAUUUCUAUGGAUCUCGUGGCUUUGAAAUCUACCAUGAUAGAAGGAUCGAAGAUGCCAGAGCAAAUGGCGCGCUUUGCCAAGCUGUCGUUGUCGCGUAUUUGGCGAGAGACUCAGAUGUUUCCAAUUCGUGAUAAAGACAUUGUAAACAUUGUCUCCGAUGGAAAGGCAAUGUACGUUGCUUGCAAGAAGGUGAUUUACAAGAAACUGUUGUCUAACGAAGCCACCCCGUCCACUUGGAUGAAGCUUCAUUUUAAUGCAAGCAUAAAACAGGUGGUAGAUGUGGCCAUAUCAAUAAAGGACCAAGCCUUCUCUUUCAUUGCUGAUACCGACGCAGCUUGCACGCAACUCUACAGAUUGAAACUGGAUGAGUUCCCAACAUCUAUUGAACACACAGCGGACACACCGUGUCCUUUGAAUCCCAGUGCAAGAAUCACUGUUGAUUCCAAGUCCCUCAUCGUCGUUGCCGAUAACAAGCCAGCCAUAUCAAGUUCAAGUCAGGCAACCUCCUCAGGGUCCGAACCGGUCAGCGAAACCAAACGGAAAAAAACGACAUCAUCUCCGGUUGUCGAAGGCGACUCAAAUAAGAGACCAAUGGCAGCGGCUGGUGGUGGAUUUACCUUUGGUAUGACAUUGCCUCAACAGCAACCCUCCUUCACUGGCACAACCUCCAACUCUCAGACAAUAUCUGCUUUCGGCAGUGCCAAGUCUCCAAGCAAGGCAGAAGGCACCCUCUCUCCUUCGGAUUCGAAAGGAAAGGAAACAAGACCGGAAAUUCCAAAUGCAGGAUCAGACAUCUUCACAAUAUCCACGAAAAUCUAUAGGGAAAAACCUAAGAUAAGCUCCUCUAGUUCCACAUUUGUAUUUCCAAGUACACCUACGCCUGUAAACCAAGGGUCUCAGUUAUCUUCAGAUAAUUUCGAGGUUCCACUUGAUAGGGUUAGAAGUCUUGCUGCGGCGAAGACAGGUCAGCUGGUGUUCCUGCGCGGGGACAAGAAAGCCGUCAUCAUCACUGACAAAGACGGGGGAGUCCAGCAUGAAAUCAAGGAGCCUGGCAGGAUGUACUUGUCCAUCUCCUGCACAGAGAGUGACGCCCUCUACGUUCUGUCUGCCUUCUGGGGCAGCCACAUCGUCACGCUCACCAAGCAUUCCUUGGAGUGUGGUGGUCCCCUCGAGUACAUCGUUGACGAGCUCGACAUGUCAGCAGACUUUCAGUCAGACGAGUGGCCAGUCAUUGGUAACUAUGGUAACGACCUCGUGAUCAUGCACACGGGGGAUGUGAUUCGUGUCUACUCGGCGGAAGAUUGGGAUAUAUUAGAUGACGAAGACGUCAACGGCCAAGACCAGGAUGACGAUAAGGAGGAGGAUGUUUAGGGGGAUGAAUAAGAAUACCUGGGGGGUGUUUCACAAAGAUCCUAAGUA